AUGCGUGUCUUCGGUAUAGCAGCCCUGGUGGCGACACUCUUUUCGACUACCGUUACAGCAUUAUCAGCAGAGGCACAAUUAGAGGCCGCACUGCCAACAUGUGCACUGGAAUGCAUGGCAUCUUCAAUCAAACAGACAUCAUGCGCAACCACAGACCAAGCGUGUCUGUGUACAGACGCGAAAUAUACCGCAAUCCUUGAAGAAUGUGUUCUGACCAGUUGCACCAUUCGGCAAUCUUUGACAACUAAGAAUGUCACCGAGACAGCAUGCGGAGCCCCUAUCCGCAAUAGAACAGACAUUGUAUUCUACUCUGGAGUUAUAGGAGGCGUGAUCGCUCUCGUUGCCUGUAUCCUUCGCGUGAUAGCGCGCCUUGGGUGCUGCGGAGGAAUCUUUGGAUGGGAUGAUUUGACUAUGAUGUUGACAAUGUGUCUACUGGUUGCUCUCUCAGCACUCUCUGGCGUCUUGGCCAAUACAGGGCUAGGAAAAGACAUGUGGACGCUUCCAUUUGAAAAUAUCACCCACAUUCUUUAUAUUUAUUUCUGGGAUGAAUUGAUCUAUCUCAGCAUCCUCCCCAUGACCAAAAUCUCGAUUUGCUGCUUCUACCUCCGAAUUUUCCCCGACCGUCAAUUCAGAACUUUGACAUACAUUGUGAUUGGGCUAAACGUUUCGUACUUGAUUGCCUUCGUCUUGAUCUCGGUAUUCCAGUGCCGACCACUGCCCGGUGCAUGGCUUCACUGGGAUAACGAAGGAGACUACAAGUGCAACCAUAUCAACGCGCAAGGCUGGGCAUCAGCUGCUAUAAACAUGGUCCUUGAUAUCAUUGUCAUGGCCCUGCCAUUGCGACAACUUUAUCGCCUGAACCUUUCAGUGAGAAAGAAGGUGUACGUCAUGUGCAUGUUUGGUCUAGGUCUCUUUGUCACCCUUGUCAGUAUUCUACGAUUGAACUCGCUCAUCAACUUUGCAUCGACCACAAACCUCACAUGGGACUACGUGAGCAUUGGAUACUGGAGUACCAUUGAAUGUGAUGUCGGUGUCAUCUGCGCAUGUCUACCCGCCAUCCGGUCCUUGCUACGCCGUGUUUCUCCCGGACUCUUUGGAGAUACUGAGAAUAUCAAAUCAUAUGGUGUGAGCUCCCACUCUCGUGGUAGAGGAUCUCGGCUCGAGGGACCAAUCUAUGUCCACCACGACAUUCAUGUGAACAGCAAGAGUAAUGGCCAGUUCUACCCCCUGGGUGAUAUGGGGAACUCCAGCCAGACACAACUGAACUCCAAAGUAUAG